UUAAAGGAAUGGAACAUUAUCAGGGCUACAUAUCUUAAGCUUCAGACACAAGCUGAACUUUGUAAGAGCAAAGACAUCCGCCCGCACGAUUAAGAAACGAAAUAGCUAGCUAGCCCAAGGGCAUAUCGCCGGGAGAGAAAAUGUGGCCAGAAGCUAAGGCUCUGCCCAUGAUAUUGUUUGGUCGCCGAGCUACAAGUGCAUCUAAUCAUGUCAUGUCUAUUGUGGAACUCUUGGUGCAUAUGGAUUGCGAAGGAUGCGAAAAGAGAGUUCGAAAAGCAAUCUCGAAAAUACAUGGUGUUGAUAGCUUGGAAAUAGACAUGGACAAGCAAAAGGUGACGGUAACGGGAUACAUUGACCAGAGGAAGGUGCUAAAGAUGGUGAGGAGAACAGGAAGGAAGGCUGAGUUUUGGCCAUUCCCAUACGACACAGAAUACUAUCCAUAUGCAUCCCAUUACUUAGACGAAUCUACUUACUCCUCUUCCUAUAACUACUACCGCCAUGGCUUUAACGAAAGCGUGCACGGUUACUUUCCAGACCAAGCCUACUCUACUGUCUCUGAUCAAACCGUCCAUCUUUUCAGUGAUGAUAAUGUUCAUGCCUAUUGCAGUAUUAUGUGAUUAUACUUGCAUUAAUCAUGAAUUAUGGAAAUAAAUAAUAUAUAAUGCCAUUUCAAAUGCAAACAAAUAUGAUACGGCAUGUUAUUAUUAUUUGCUUGUUAACUUUUUUUAGAAUAUAAAUUAAUUGGAUACUGUUUUUCUCUAUUACAUCAAUAAUUUAACAUGAUAUCCUUCUAGAACAAUUAUUGCUAUCCUCUUCCUGAAUUUCUAAUAAUAAUAAGUCAAAUCAAUAUUCAUUACAUCUAUGAUCGAUGUGUCACAAAAUUUAUAAAAACUUUAUAGUAAAUUUUAUAAGAAGUUUAACAUGUCCGUUACAGAAUCUAUGGAAAGUUUUAUUGCUGUUUGUAUUGAAUGACAUGCAGCUUGGUCUUAUCCGGUAUAAUGAAAUAAAAGUGGGAUAUGAGUGUAAUUUUGCUGGUAUAUAACGCCUUGGUGAAGGCAACCAUUGAAAUGAAUAUAAAUCUAGCCUUGCAAAUUGCAAAGACUCCAUUCACUCUGUUCAGACUUCAGCUUGCUCUGCUAUGCACGAUAUUUUAGCAGUAUUGUAAGCUUAGUGAUAACCUUGAUGCAAGAAAAACCCUCAACAGGGAAGGAGCAGGUUCUACAUUACAUACUAACCAUACACA